AUGGCAUUUAACCUAUCAAAAGAUCAAGAAAAAGAAUUAGCACAAAUCGCAAAUGCCAUAGCCACACCAGGAAAAGGAAUUCUAGCGGCAGAUGAAAGUAGCGGUACAAUUGCUAACCGAUUUUCAAAGAUAAAUGUUGAAAAUAAUGAGGAAAAUCGUCGUUCUUAUCGUGAAUUAUUAUUUAAAACUGAUAAAACGUCAAUAGCAGAAUAUAUUAGUGGUGUGAUACUUUUUCAUGAAACACUGUAUCAUAAAACAGCUGAUGGAGUGCCAUUUACGACAUUGUUAAAACGAAACGGCAUCAUACCCGGAAUUAAAGUUGAUAAAGGAACAGUAAAAUUAGCAGGUACCAACGAGGAAACAACAACGCAAGGUCUCGAUGGUCUGGAAGAACGGUGUAAAACAUAUAAAAAUGAUGGUGCUCAGUUUGCAAAAUGGCGUGCUGUACUCAAAAUUGGUCCAAAUAUGCCAUCACAAUUAGCCAUUCAGGUUAAUGCUGAGAAUUUAGCGCGCUAUGCAUCCAUUUGUCAACAGGCUGGUCUAGUUCCUAUUGUUGAACCAGAAGUUCUUCAAGAUGGAGAUCAUGAUAUGGAAAUUUGUCAACGCGUAACAGAGAAAGUAUUAGCUGCCGUUUAUAAAGCAUUAAAUGAUCAUCAUGUAUAUCUAGAAGGAACAUUAUUGAAGCCGAAUAUGGUUACCGCUGGACAAUCUAACACGAAAAAAUAUACAGCUGAACAAAUUGCUUUUGCUACUGUGCAAACAUUACGUCGAACAGUUCCAGCCGCCGUUCCUGGUAUUUUAUUUCUAUCCGGCGGUCACUCUGAAGAAAAUUCGACAAUAUUUUUGAAUGAGAUAAACAAAGUUAAUUUGAUUAAACCAUGGCCACUAUCAUUUAGUUAUGGGCGAGCUUUACAAUCAUCAGUAUUAAAAGUUUGGAAAGGAGAUAAAGAAAAUGUUGAACAUGCACAAAAAGAGUUUAUCCGGCUAGCGAAAAUGUUCCGAGCACAAUCUGCAAGUAAUUCUAUUAAAUAUGUUUUGGUAACAGGAGGUGUGAUAUCAGGAAUUGGUAAAGGUAUAAUAUCAAGUAGUAUUGGAACAAUUUUACGCGCUCAAGGAUUUCGUGUAACAUCAAUUAAAAUUGAUCCGUAUAUAAAUAUUGAUGCUGGAACAUUUUCACCGUAUGAACAUGGUGAAGUAUUUGUACUGGAUGACGGCGGUGAAGUUGAUUUAGAUUUAGGAAAUUACGAACGAUUUUUGGAUGUCACUCUACAUCGAGAAAAUAAUAUAACAACAGGGAAGAUAUAUCAAUAUGUUAUCGAUAAAGAACGAAGAGGAGAUUAUCUUGGAAAAACAGUACAGGUUGUACCUCAUAUUACGGAUGCUAUUCAAGAAUGGGUUGAACGUGUUGCACGAAUAUCAGUAGAUGAAGAUAAAGGAGAUCCAGAUAUUUGUAUUAUUGAGCUUGGAGGUACAAUUGGAGAUAUCGAGAGUAUGCCAUUUGUCGAAGCAUUUCGUCAGUUUCAAUUUCGUGUUAAAAAAGAGAAUUUUUGUGUCGUUCAUGUUAGUCUUAUUCCACAACCCGGUACUACUGGUGAACAUAAAACAAAGCCAACUCAACAUAGCGUAAGAGAAUUACGUGGAUUCGGUUUAACACCUGAUCUAAUUAUUUGUCGGUCUGAUACACCUAUGACAACAGCAGCUAAAGAAAAAAUAUCUAUGUUUUGUCAUGUGGACAAAGAACAGGUGAUAUGUGUACCUGAUGUGAAAACAUUGUAUCGUGUUCCAUUACUGUUGGAAGAAAAUGAAAUAUCAAAAUAUUUAGCUUCACGAUUAAAUUUACAAUUCAAACCUGAUUAUGAUCGAUCGUUAAUGGUUAAAUGGCGAGAUUUAACAGAAAGGAGUGAACGUUUAGUAAAUGAAGUUGUUAUUGCUGUUGUCGGAAAAUAUAUCGGCUUAGAAGAUUCCUAUGCGUCAGUCGUCAAAGCUCUAAAUCAUGCAGCAUUGUACUGUAAUAGAAAGUUAAUUCUUCGAUUUGUUCAUGCAUCAGAUUUGGAAGCCAAUACACAGAAAGAAGAUCCGGUCAAGUACCAUGAAGCAUGGCAAUUAUUAUGUGGUGCACAAGGAAUUUUGGUACCGGGUGGAUUUGGAUCGCGUGGUAUUGAAGGAAAAAUCUCGGCCAUUGAAUGGGCAAGAACACAACCAAAACCGUUCUUAGGUAUUUGUCUCGGUUUACAAUGUGCUGUUAUUGAAUUUGCUCGUCAUGUACUUAAUCAUAAAGGAGCUAAUUCAGCUGAAUUUGGAAAAAGUGAACAUCCAGUGAUUAUUGAAAUGCCAGAACAUAAUCCAGGUGCAAUGGGAGCAACAAUGAGACUCGGUCGAAGAACAACCGUUUUUGCCACUGAAAAUAGCGUCAUUAAAAAACUAUAUGGGAACGUCCGAUCAAUUGAUGAGCGACAUCGCCAUCGUUACGAAGUAAAUCCCGAGUUUGUUACUGAAUUGGAACAACAAGGAAUGAAAUUUGUUGGACGAAGUGAAGACAAUGAACGUAUGGAAAUAAUGGAACUUGAAAAUCAUCCAUAUUUUGUUGGUGUUCAGUUUCAUCCAGAAUAUAUCAGUAGACCAAUGAAACCAUCACCACCUUAUCUUGGCUUGAUAUGGGCGGCCUGUCAUGAAUUAAAAAAUGUUUUAUCGAAAUUACCAAAACAGCAACAAUCUCAAUCCGAUGUCAAACCUGAAACACCAGAUCUGGUUAAUACUCCAUUUUCUCAUGAAGAUAUCACUGUUAUUCUCAGUAGGGGUGGCACAUUACUGUUACUUUUACGAGUGAUUCAAAUCUUGUAUAUAUUCCUACUCAAAGUAACAGUAUUAGGAAUAUAUACAAUAUUUGGAUUACUCGUAAAAGUAACAGUUCAACCAUUGAAACCAUAUCAUAUUUUAUUUCGAACAUUUACAAUGAGUAGUAAUCAGAAAACAACAGAAAAUAAACAAUAUGAUUAUGAUUUAUUUGUUAUUGGUGGUGGAUCAGGUGGAAUUCGAGCUAGUAAAAUAUCAGCACAAAAUGGAGCUCGAGUUGCACUAGCUGAAGACAAAAAAUUGGGUGGUACGUGCGUGAAUGCUGGAUGUGUACCAAAGAAAUUAUUUUGUUAUGCUUCACAGUUUCGUGAAUUGUUUCAUGAUGCCUCAGCUUAUGGAUGGCCUACCAUCGAUUUUAAACUAAAUGAUCACAAUUGGCAAAAAUUUAUUAAGAAUAAAAAUGAUGAAAUUCACCGUUUGAAUGAGAUGCAAGAAAAAGGUUUACGUGACAAUAAUGUAGAAAUUACAACAGGACAUGCAACAAUCAAAGAUAAACAUACCGUUGUGGUUAACGGAAAAGAUUACAAGACAAAUUAUAUAUUAGUUGCUGUAGGAGGUACACCAGUUAGACCAAGGAUCGAAGGACAUGAACAUAUGAUUACGUCGGAUGAUGCAUUUCAUUUAGAAAAAUUACCAAAAAAUAUUUUAAUUGUUGGAGGUGGUUACAUAGCCACUGAAUUUUCCUGCAUAUUUAAUGGUUUUGGGAGUGAUGUGAUACUCAUUGUACGAGGAAAAUCAAUUUUAAGAAGUUUUGAUACUGAUAUCUCUGCAAAGUUAAGUGAUGAAUUGAAGAAAAGUGGUAUUAAAAUUCGAUUUGAAACCGAAAUUAAAUCUAUUGAAAAACAACAAGAAGAUAAUUUUCUUGUUAAAUUUAAAGAUGGUUCAACAACAGAAACAAAUUUAGUUAUGUUCGCCGUCGGGCGGAAACCAGAAACAGAAAAAUUAGGUUUAGAUGCUGUAGGUGUCAAAUGUAAUGAAAAAGGUGUUAUACAAGUAAAUGAAUUUAGUCAAACAAAUGUUGAUAAUAUUUAUGCAAUUGGCGAUGUUACAGACCGAAAAAAUCUGACACCAGUAGCCAUUCAAGAGGGGCAAUAUUUUGCUAACAGUGUAUUUGGGAAACAAAAUAAGAAACAAGUGGUCGAUUAUCAAAAUGUGGGAACAACAGUUUUUGCUGAACCUGCAGUAGGCGUAUGUGGCCUAACAGAAAAAGAAGCAGAAGAAAAAUUCGGUAAAGAUAAUUAUGACGUAUAUGAGAGUAGUUUUAAACCAAUGUUUGUCAAUCUUCCAAAACGAGACCGAAAAUCAUAUGUUAAAUUAAUUGUGGAACGAAAGACAGAAAAAGUAGUGGGUAUUCAUAUGAUCGAUCAUGCUGCACCCGAAAUAAUUCAAAUGUGUUCUGUGGCUAUCAGAGCAGGAGCAACGAAAGAUUUAUUUGAUAGUACGGCUGGAAUUCAUCCAACAUCGGCCGAAGAAAUUGUUCAAAUUAAGAAAAAACGAAAUGAUGAAAAGAAAAAAGAUGAAAAUAUGGAGAAAACUCAACAUGAUCAAAAAUCAGAAAAAAAAAAAGACUGA